GCGUAAAGCACCGAAAGCGACAAGCGUUGUCUCUAACAAGAUCAUGUUGGCAGAUGGCGCAUCAAGAUUCUAAUUAGAAAAUGCACGAGAAACGCAGAGCAAGACAUGACUGCAAGUUUGCAAGUGUGUUUACAGGGUAUGCUUGGUCUGAGGAGAACCGGGCUGGUUACCCAAACACGAGCGAUCAAGUGAAGGGAACUCUUGCACGUGGCCAAUCCAUAUGCAAGCGGUUCCUUGGCCAAAAUCCACCAAAGUCCAGCCGUCUUUUGAGGGUACAGUCCAUUAAUCAGACCACGCUGACUGUUUGUCUUAAGGUACAUCGAGCGCAGUAACAUACAUCUCGGCUCAUAUAACCCACAUUCCAUAAAGGCGUGAAAAUCGUACCUUCAGGUGCCCCAUUCCUAUACAAAAGCCUUGUUGCAACAGCCAAAAGCCCAUCCGGAAGCAAAACACCCACAGAAGCUCUGCCGACGGGUAUUCUCGAUUCUGCAAAAGAAUACGAAUACAUGACCAAAUAGUAUCAGCAUCCUUUGGCCCUUGACUUUAUAUGGUCCUCCCUUCCACAUCUCCAGCCAUUCAUCCUGCCGCUAUCAGACCGUAUCGAAACAUGAGCGGGAAGUCGCCGUCAGUACCAACACAAGCCAGCCUCUCGAUAGACUUUCUCGUAGUAGGCGGUGGAAUUGGAGGUCUUGCAUGUGCAAUCGCACUAAGACGAGUCGGACAUCGUGUCCUUGUUCUCGAAAAAGCUGCUUCAGCAGGAUCACAAAUAUCUGGCGGAAUACGACUCCCACCAAACGUCUCCAAAAUAUUAUUCCAUUGGGGUCUCGAAGCUGAACUCAGAAAGAUAUCGCUGACAUCGGAAGCAAUCCAAUUAAACAUAUACGAAUCAGGCGAAAUACUCGGCACACACUUCUGGGAAGAGGAAGUCUUGAAGGAAACAGGCGGUGAAUAUCUCUUCCUGCACCAUGCCGAUCUACAGCGACUGCUUCAUAAUACAGCGCUUUCAUUCGGUGCUAAGAUCCGUAACAAUGCCACAGUUGCGUUGGUUGAUGGCGACGAUUGUCAUGUAACUCUAUCAACAGGCGAAAUACUACGAGCAGAUGCUAUCAUCGGCGCUGAUGGCCGAUCAAGCAUUAUACAAAGAGAGAUCGUUGGACACGACGUUUACAAUGACACGCCACAUCGUUUUGUGAUGUACAAUACUGUAGUUCCAGGGCAUGUCAUGCGCGCAAAUCCGGAUCUGAUUCCAUUAUAUGAAGAGAAACAUACAACCCUGUUUUGUUGGUUCGGUGAUGGUCGUGCAGCAAUGGGCUUCCGGAUAAAGGGUGGAACGGAUGACUAUGCAUUACAUUUCUGGGUGCCACCAGGCACGCAGGAGGGAGGCGAAGAUGUAGAUAGUUGGGGUUCAAAAGUUUCUGUUGAGGAGAUGUUGAAACAAAUACAACCCUGCGAACCGCGCCUCAAAAAAAUGGUCCUAAAGGCUGCUCCACCAGCACUGAUCAAGGUUAAAGCAUUACCAGCACUGGAGGACUGGGUACACGAUGAGGGGCGUCUAGCAUUAAUCGGCGAAGCAGCACAUCCCAUCCCAGUGGGUGCAAUCCAAGCUGCCGCGAUGGCUGUGGAAGACGGCGCUGUCCUCGCCAAGCUUUUCUCUCACCUCGGGAGCCAAGACCAAAUCUCUUCCUUCCUUUACGCCUACCAAGACUUGCGCGAAGUGCGCUGCGCCUCCGUCGUUACGUCUGAGCAGGAAAAUCUCGCUUUCCAAACGCUACCCAAGGGAGAGAUGCAGGAGGCGAGAGACAAUGGUAUGCGUGCGAAAUAUGCGGCAGGGCAGAGUGUGUUGGGUGGUGGGGAGGCAGCAGACCAGUGGGAGUCACUGAAGGAUCUAUUUGGAUACGAUGCGGAGGACCAGGCUGAUGAUUGGUGGGUGAAGUGGGGGAUUUUGAGGGAGAGGGCGAAGCAGAGUUCGAUAGACCAGGGCUUGCAUUCGGGGAUGAAUAACCUUGCACUGUGAGAUUGGGAGCGCAUUGUCCAUUUUGUUUGGAGUGUUUUUUUAUACGGUAUACCCUGCAUCUAGUACUCAUGAUAUUCCACUAUCUUUGAUUUCUUUAUUUUUCUUUCUUUCAUUCAUUCAAUCAUCUCUUUUCGUUUUGAUCUUGUUUCUUUAGUUGCAUUUGAGGUACAUGCACGAGAGAGGAGUACGGACAAAGUUUCUCGUGUUAUCGUUACUAUUGGGUGGAUCGUUCGGGGUUGCAUCUCUUUUCUUCUACAUUACUACAUACGAGCUCACCUUGGCUUGCGAUAAACAGACUGACGCAAUACACACUUACUUUCUUUUUCUUAUCAGUUCUGUACUGUAUACCAUGGGUGUUGAUAUUGUUAUUG